CAGGCCGGCCGACUUCAAGCUGCAGGUCAUCAUCAUCGGCUCCCGCGGCGUGGGCAAGACCAGCCUGAUGGAGCGCUUCACGGACGACACCUUCUGCGAGGCCUGCAAGUCCACCGUGGGUGUUGACUUUAAAAUUAAAACUGUAGAGCUAAGAGGAAAGAAAAUCAGAUUACAGAUCUGGGACACAGCUGGUCAGGAGAGAUUCAACAGCAUUACCUCAGCUUAUUACAGAAGUGCAAAGGGGAUCAUAUUAGUGUAUGAUAUCACUAAGAAGGAGACGUUUGAUGAUUUGCCAAAAUGGAUGAAGAUGAUUGAUAAGUAUGCUUCAGAAGAUGCAGAACUCCUCUUAGUUGGAAAUAAGUUGGACUGUGAAGCAGACAGAGAAAUCACCAGGCAGCAAGGCGAAAAGUUUGCACAGCAGAUAACUGGGAUGCGGUUCUGUGAAGCAAGUGCCAAGGAUAACUUCAAUGUGGAUGAGAUAUUUCUGAAACUCGUUGAUGACAUUUUGAAAAAGAUGCCUCUGGACAUCUUAAGGAAUGAGUUGUCCAAUAGUAUCCUCUCAUUACAACCAGAGCCUGAGAUACCCCCAGAACUGCCUCCACCAAGACCACAUGUCCGAUGCUGUUGAUUUGCUACUUUGGAGACAAAGUGGAAACAAUUCUUGGAGAGGGGGAAAGCGCUCUAUUCUGCACUACAAUCAUUUUGACAAUUUCCUUUCGCACUUUGUAAUCCAAGUCAGAGCUAUACACUAACUUGUAAAUAUGCAAAUACGCAAUCCUGGGUAAGUUUUGGUUAUAAGUUACAUACUUCCCUUCAAAUUAUUAUAUUUCAUUCAUUACCCCAGUGUCUGGUGUCCAUGCACUGGGGACCUAGUACUUCUAAUAUGAAGAAUGGGAGAAAUGAAAAGUGUAGUGUUUUCUUGAAAUAAGUAAUAUAAUUGUCCUUGUUAAUUAUAUUAUGAGGACAGAAGAUACCCUGAUAAGAAGAGAGAAUGUGGUGCUUUGCUUACUGUUUUAAAGAAAAUUGUAAAACUAAAGACUUUUUGGGAAAAAAGCUAUUAUCUUAAGUGCUUCUUCUUUAUUUACAAGACAUUUCCCCCAGCUGUAGCAUCUUUGAGGUAUUGGAGUGUUUCUGCCACAAAGCUCCACUCAUGAUUAUCCUUGAAGGGUAUUUAUUAAUGUAAUGGUAGAAUGUUACUAGUUAGAGGGCUGGAUUUGACUUGGUCUGAAGGCUGCAGAAUCUCUGUCAUGGUUUCCUAAGGGAUAUACCCUUAUCCUUUUAAGAACUACAAAGAAUUAAUAAA